AUGCGCUGGAAUGACCGACUCAUGCAGUUGUCGAAUCAACUGAUGGAUUCGUCCGACGAGGAAAUCGAUGUCAUCAUAAGUACGGUAGCCCAAAAAGCCGUCCGCCAAGCCGCAGCUGUAGACUCACGGUCAUGGAGCGGGUCUCGUCGCGGUCGUCAGCCAAACAUUGAUCGAAACCGGACUCGUGGGCACCAGCAGAUUGUUGACGACUACUUUGGAGAGAACGGGAAACCAUCUACGUACACAGAAGGACAGUUCCGCCGCCGGUUUCGUAUGAAUCGAGUACUCUUUAUUCGGAUCAUGGAUACCGUGGCUGCUGCGGAUACAUACUUUGUCCAAAAACCAGACGCAUUCGGAAAGUUAGGUAAGCAUGGCAUGACAUAUAAGCUUAAAGAUAAUAUAGGUCUGUCACCAUUACAGAAGUGCACUGCGUCCAUUCGUAUGCUGGCGUAUGGCGUCUGCGCUGACUCGACCGACGACUACUGUCGCCUUGGUGAAUCAACAGCCAUCGAAUCCAUGAAGCGCUUUGCAAGGGCUGUCGUCUCAGAGUUCGGCCCCGUGUACCUGCGCGAGCCGAAUGAAGAGGAUGUCGAAAAACAUCUCAACCUGAACGAAAGUCGUGGGUUCCCUGGGAUGUUUGGUUCAAUCGAUUGCACCCACUGGGAGUGGAAAAACUGCCCUGUUGCCUGGCAAGGCCAAUAUCAAGACCGCAACGGGAAGCGGUCUAUGAUAUUGGAAGCAGUUGCGACGCAAGAUCUGUGGAUUUGGCAUGCGUUUCUGGGGGUUCCAGGGUCGACAUUAAUGUUUUGGACCUUCAAUGGGAUUUCGUUCGACAUGUUUUAUCUCUUGGCCGAUGGAAUUUAUCCAUCACACUCGACGUUUCAGAAAAGUCUGAGCAGUCCUUCAACGGAGAAGGAAAAGUACUAUUGUGAACGACAUGAAAGUGUUCGAAAGGAUGUCGAACGUUGUUUUGGGGUCUUGUUUGGACGGUUUCACAUUCUGGCCAAUCCCAGCCAAUUGUGGAGUCGUGACCACAUGCGCGUCGUGUGGCUUGCUUGCAUUUGUUUGCACAACAUGAUCAUCAAGGACGACAACACCAUGGAACACCACCCCAAUGCAUCGGAAUGGGAUAACGACCUGGAGCGCCGUCGACCUCAGCAGCCAUUGUCCUUCGACGGUUAUUUGCAUCAACGUUCAGCCAUGGUCGACUCCGAUGCACAUGAUCUCCUGCGUCAAAGCAUCAUCGAACAUUUGUGGACAGAGCGUGGUAACAUGUAG